CUUAUAAGGAGUUUCGUUAAAUAAACAUUUUUACUUUGUUACUUUUAGCUGAACCGUACACACGCUUAUAUAUUAAGGAUGCAGCAUUUGUGAUAUUCAAAGUUUUAAUAGUGUUUUGAUAAGUGAAAUGUUAAACAUGUGUCCAAAGAUAUGCUUAUUAACAAUAGCGAUGCUAGUGACCGAAAUAAGAGGGGUGAUUUAUUUUCUAAAUGACACCGAGUAUAACCGUAUGCCUCCUGUUUAUAAACUUGAUGAUUACAAAACCUGUCUUGAAAAGCCAACCGAUGUUUAUUGUAACGUGGAUUUCAAUUUGAUUUCCGACACGGAAAAUGAACUGCUGACAAUGAUUCACGAAUAUUCGGAACACACAUGCACACAUUACAAUCAUUCCCAACUGAAUCACGGUAUCUGCUACACUCAGCGAUGCCAAAAUUACAUAGACCAUACGAAGAUGAAGACAUCAAUUGAAAAAUGCCUUAAUGAUACGUUUAUGAAGGAAUAUGGUUUGAGUACUCAAGUGACAAGAUUCAAUUGUCACGGUCUAUCUGACACUAAGCGAGAGCUUGACAAAUCCGAUAUAGCAGUCGCUAUCCUUCUAUUGACGAUUGUCUUGUUAAACGUUGCUGGAACUAUUUAUGAUUACAACAGUAAAGGAAAUAUAGAAGAAAAAAAAUAUCUUCUUUGUUUCUCAAUUGCACGAAACUGGAAGAAGCUUACAUCGUAUAAUUCAAAUGCAGAAAGUCAAAUAGAAUACCUCAAGGGACUAAAUGGAAUUCGAUACAAAAACAGAAGAGGUGGCCUAGAGGUUAAAGGCAUGCCUCUAGGGCAUGAGGUAGCGGGUUCGAAACCUGGCAAGUACCAAUGGGAUUUUCCCGAGUCAUUCGUACUUUCUAAGAGUAUUUAG